CAAAAAUAUAGUUUUAAAUACACUGCAGUCUACAUUUAACUUCAAAUUUUAAUACUAUUUUAACAUAGGUAAUAAUAUAAUAUCAAUAUAUUUUAAAUUAUUAUAAUUUUGUGACCCAAUUAUAAAGUUUAUAGUAUUGUGUGGUGGUCUUCUAUCGAGUGGCGUUUUGUCAAAUUCGGAUCCGUGGAUUAUGAUCGCGUGGCUUUAUGUCGAGUGGUUAUUUGUCGUUAGGUCGAAAAUAUAUUAUCAAUGAAUAAUAUUAUAUUUUGUGCCUGUAACCUACAAUCAAUAAAUAUUAUAAGAACAGUCGUAUAAACAGUAUUCUCUUCAUAGAAUUGAGAAUUCCAGAAAUGUUUUAAUAUACAAGUAUUAUUUUAUUUUUUUCAUUGAAAUUACUUGUUUAUAUCAUUUGUGUUGUAAUCGUAUAUUUUUACAUCGUGUGAUUUUUAAGAUUUGGUAUUUAUAUUAUAAACAAACAAUUGAAUAGGUAUUCCUACCGAAGGUUUAUAAAUUAUAUGGUUGAAGAGCCACACUUCAACUGGUACCUAUAUUCAAGUUGGCAAGUAAUAGGUACAUUUAUAUUUAUUUUUCAUUCAUAAUUAUAUACAAUAUUUUUAAUAUAGGUAAAAUUACCUACUCCAUUUGUAUGACUAUGAUGUGUGUAAAUCACAUUUUGUAUUUAAAAAUUAUUUUCCCAUUUAAAACAAUAUAGAUAUUUUCCUUAUCUUCCAUACACAAUUAAUUCGGCUUGAUAGGCAUAAAUUCAUUAAUCCAUCAAAAUCAUCUAUAAAUAUUGUUAUGUAAUCAUAAUCUAUGUUGAAAUGUAUUAGAAUAAAGUAAAAUUAUAGUAUAAUUUACUUAUUCUUAUGUAUGAUUGAAGUCACUAUUUAAACAUAGUGAUUUCUAUAAACAUUAGUUACCUAGUUAAUGUUUUGAAUUUUUGAUCAACCACACAAUUUUUCUCGUAGUUAUGGUAACUGCUUAGAGGUUUAUUUUAUUUUUUUCGAAUUUAUGCUUUAAAAAACAAUAUUUUAAUUAAGUCUGCUAAGAAUUAAUAAUAAAUAAGUGUAUAUUAAUAACAUAUUCUUGUUGACAGAAAACAAAUAAAUAUGUCUCUAAAUGGUGCAUUGUCUGAUAUUGAUUUAAAAUCAAAACUUGCUUACUAUGGCAUAGUUACUCCAAUUACAAAUACCACAAGAGAAGUUCUGCUGAGGAAACUCCAAAAGUUAGAAUCGAGUUCUAUAAAUCAACAGAUUAAUCAACAAAUAACUUCAAAUGAUACUGAAGCGAUGGUAAUUAAAUUUGAUAGAAUUUAAAAAAUCAAAAAUUAUAUUUACUUGCUCAAAAUGUUAACAAGGUUCCUAUUCAAGUACUAAUAAUUAUUAACUAUUGUUAUGAUUAAAAAAGGAUGAACAUACUUCACACGUAGGUGAGAAGUUAGGAAGGUGUAUAUAGAGGAAAAUUGAAUGUAAGUCUGUGAGCAAAGAUUAAUCAUUUUCAACAACAUAUUAAUAUGUCAUAUUAUAGUAAAAUAAAUAUAUAUUAAAACAAUUUUAAUCAGUAACUGGAUUUGUUACACAUAAGUUUUUACUCAAACAAUUUUAUUAAAAUUUCUUUAUAAAAAAAAAAUACUAUAUUAAGUUCAAAUUUUUUUAUUUGACCACAAAGUAUAACUUUUAAUGAACCUACUGUUAAGUUUUCACAAAUUUCGGUUUAGUCCUACAAUUUAACCAGGCAGUACCUACUGAAUAAAAAUUAUAUGUAAAACUCGCAUAAUUAAAAUGGCUCAAAAAUGGCUUAAAUCUUUUUGAAACUUUAUGCUACCUAUAAAAGAAAAAUAUAAUUUUUCUAUCCAAAUGUCAAGUCUCUACAAAUAUUUCUAACCAAAUUACAAUAAAUAACAAAAUUGAAAAAAAUAAAAGCCAUUAUUUUCAUCAAUUUUCAAUUUUUCUUAAGUUUUAUCCAGGUUAUUCACAGAUAUUAUAAAAACUGCUUGGAAAAACAAAAUAAAUGAUUUUUGUAUAGUAUGUAGAUCUGUGGUUCUUAAACUUUUGGUGCGCAUUGACCCAUGAUAAAAGACUUAAAAAUCGCGGACCCUUGACCAAUACCUUGUUUUUACAAAAUAUCUCAUGUUAUCAUAAUCAAUAUUUACUGAUUAUUUUGAGUACAUUUGUUUGAAAAUAUACAAUCUGUUAAUUAUUAAAUGACAAUAAACAGGUAACACUACUUAACAUGAUAUUUUUGAAUAUUAAUAUUUGGAAAAUCUUUAUGGUAGAUAGAAGAUUUAUUCAAUUUAACAAAAAGUUACGCCUUUUAUUUUUACAAACAAUAUUAUAUAGAAAUGCUAAACUAAAUACUCAUAACUUUCUAUAAUAUACUCAUUUUGUUUUCUAUUCAUAAGUGUACACAGUUAGUAAACUGAAUAUAGCUAAACAAUCUUUACAUGUAGGUAUUAAUAUUUAAUAAGAAUUGAAACUUUAAGGAUUUUAGUUUUCAAUUAAGUUUUUUUUUAUUGUUGUAACAGGAUACCACAUCUAAUGACAUGAAUGAAUAUGAAAUUCUUAAAGGAAUUUCUGAACUUGGAUUUACGGCAGUGGCAUUGACUGAUACAACUCGUCCUUUACUUAGCAAUAUAAUAAGAAAAAGAAACAAAUAAAUAUUUUUAAUUAAAUGUGUUAAAAAGAACUUUUUAUUAGCAUUGUUAAAUUCUUAAAAAUUCACUUUUAGUUUUAUAUUUUUAAAUUGUUGUAAUAAGUAGAAGCAAUUUCAAGGCAUAUUUUUAAAUUUAC